GCAGCUUGGCCGAUGCCGCGGCGCGGGUGUGGGCUCUCUCCUUCAGGGUCCGAGGCGCCGUCCUUCCGGGUCCGAGGCGCCCUCCUUCGGCGUGUGGGUCGCCGCUGCUCCGAGGGACAUGGCGGCCCCCGAGCAGCCGCUGCCCCUGUCGAGAGGAUGCCUGAGCUCCGCGCUGUCCCCGCCGCGAGGCGACCGGACUCUGCUGGUGAGGCACCUGCCUGCGGAACUGACCGCCGAGGAGAAGGAGGACCUGCUCAAGUACUUCGGGGCGCAGUCGGUGCGUGUGCUGUCGGACAAGGGGCGCCUGAAACACACAGCUUUUGCUACUUUCCCUAAUGAAAAAGCAGCCAUAAAGGCACUGACAAGACUUCAUCAGCUGAAGCUUUUAGGUCAUACUUUAGUUGUGGAAUUUGCAAAAGAACAAGAUCGAGUUCACUCUCCAUGUCCCACUUUAGGCACUGAUAAAAAAAAAAGAUCUGAAGACACUGUGGAAGAAGAGAAAGAAAAGAAAGAAGUUGAUUGCUUAACGAUAGAGAAUGGAAUUGCACCAAACCAUGGGCUGACAUUUCCUCUGAAUUCAUGCCUCAAGUAUAUGUACCCACCACCUUCAAGCACAAUCCUAGCAAACAUAGUAAAUGCUUUGGCAAGCGUGCCUAAAUUCUAUGUACAGGUGCUUCAUCUUAUGAAUAAAAUGAAUUUGCCCACGCCUUUUGGACCAGUUACUGCACGACCUCCUAUGUAUGAAGACUAUAUGCCAUUGCAUGCACCUCUUCCACCCAUGUCUCCUCACCCACCUGAGGAACCUCCUUUGCCAGAUGACAAUGAGGAAUUAUCUAGUGAAGAAUCAGAAUAUGAAAGCAGUGAUGAUGAGGAUCGACAGAGAAUGAGCAAACUAAUGGAACUAGCCAACCUUCAGCCCAAAAGACCAAGAACCGUAAAGCAGCGCCACGUGAGAAAAAAACAAAAAAUAAAGGAUAUGCUGAGUGCACCUACAUCUGCUUCACACAGCAAUUUACAUCCAGUGCUGUUACCCUCAGAUGUAUUUGACCAACCACAACCUGUAGGUAGCAGGAAAAUUGAAUUCCAUAUAUCUACUGAUAUACCAGCAGCAUUUAAGAAAGAUUCUGAGAAGGAAGAAAAUUAUGAAGAAAAGAGUUGUGAUGUACCUGCUGCUGAAGUUGAUGCAGCUAAUAUAGGAUUUGGAAAAAUCUUCCCAAAGCCUAAUUUGAACAUCACGGAGGAAACUAAAGACGACUCUGAUGAAAUGCCAUCAGAAUGUAUUUCUAGAAAGGAGUUGGAAAAAGGCAGAAUUUCCAGAGAAGAAAUGGAAGCACUUUCAGUUUUCAGAAGUUAUGAACCUGGUGAACCAAACUGUAGAAUUUAUGUAAAGAAUUUAGCUAAACAUGUUCAAGAAAAGGACCUUAAAUUUAUUUUUGGAAGAUAUGUUGACUUUUCAUCAGAAGCACAACGAAUCAUGUUUGAUAUACGCUUGAUGAAAGAAGGUCGUAUGAAAGGUCAGGCUUUCAUUGGACUUCCAAAUGAGAAAGCAGCAGCAAAAGCCUUAAAGGAAGCUAAUGGAUAUGUUCUUUAUGGAAAACCCAUGGUGGUUCAAUUUGCUCGAUCUGCUAGACCAAAGCAAGAUUCUAAAGAAGGAAAAAGGAAAUGUUAAAAAUUAGUCAAGCAUUCCUGCGUAAAUACUGCUGUAAUACUCUCAUACAAAGUGUAUCCUUUCUUGUGGUAUCCUUUUUGGGGCAAGGUUUUUUUUUUUUUCCUAGUAUUGUUUUGUCCCUCUAUCCAUUGAUCUAGAUUAACAUUUUUUAAUACUUUAUUCAAGUAAAAUUUUUCUAAAAUUGUGUAAAUAGAGCACCUUUUUUGCUUUUUCUAGAUGUUAUUGAAUUGUUUAUGUAUUGACUUUUGUUUUUCUAUAAUUUUCAUACAAACUUAGUGAAUCAGGUCAACUUUGAAAAAUGUGUGCAUUUGCUGUAAUCAUGAUAAUCUUUCUUCUGUUUAAGGAUUUCCUAAACCUGAUUCAAAAGCAUCUGCUUUCUGUUAAUAUACAAUUUAGGUGUUUUACGUAAGGUGUCAAUUUUGGAGAAAAACAGCUGAAUUUUGUGAAUUCCGAAUGAGAGUAGCAUGUCACUUUUGAAGUUUAUCACUGAAAGCUCCUUUAACUGUACCAACUAGAAAUAUCUCUGCAGGUUUUGUAAACAACCCAAAAACUAGAAAGAAUAAAAAAACAGAGGGGUAAAAGACAGUAUUGACUUAAGAUAGCCCUUUAAAAAAAUGCUUCUGAUAGAUAAACAAAAACAGGGGCUUUCAAACCGGUUCGUCAUUGGAAUCACCCAGAAGAGCAGUCAGUAAGAAGCAAUAGAUACUGAUGCCUGAUUCUCACCUCCAGGUUUUGACUUAAUUUUUUCCCAGUAUAUGGCUGUUGGUGUGUUUUUCAAACCUGUCAAAAUGAUGCUAAUAUAACUUCCAAGGUUGAAAAUCCAUCAGAAAAGUGUAUUUGCACAGAAUAAUUCUUGGACUUUGUUUAUACUGACAUGCUUCACUAAUUUUCCAAGUAUGAAUGUUUGCAUUUAUUUUAAACUAAUGAAGUUUUGGGCUUAUGAUUACUUUUAAUUGAAUUUCUAUGUUUUUAGGUUUCUCUUGAAUUCCCUAUCUUCCAAGUGCUUUUCAGCUUGCGAAGAAAUUUGCCAG